UAAUUCAAAUUCUUUCUCCCCCUCUCUCUCUCUCUAUACACAAACACGAUGAAGGGGAAGUUUGCAAGGGUGUGCGCCAAUAAGUUGAGGAAGAUAGGUAAUAAAGGGAGCACACCUUCUUCUUCCUCGUGCUGCGAGCAAUGCUGUCAAUGGGCUCUGUGGCCAAACUCCAUGCAUGAAGAAAACUCGAUCCCAAAAGAUGUCCCAAAGGGUCACUUGGUAGUUUAUGUAGGUGACAACCACAAGAGGUUUGUAAUCAAACUCACCUUGCUCAAUCACCCACUCUUCAGGGCACUUCUGGAUCAAGCUCGAGAAGAAUACGAUUUCAAUGCUCACUCAAAACUCUACAUACCCUGCGAUGAGAACCUCUUCCUCGAAGUUGUUCGAUGCGCUAAGCUCUCCAGAUGAACAAGGAAUUUCUGCGUAUGAGAAUUCAGUACUAAAGGAGAACACUAAUGUUUGUAUUUAAUUGAUUCAUCAUGAGGUCUGUGCUACAAUAACAAUGCAAGCAUAUUGCCUUAUUUUGUUGUAACUAUGUAGAGAUGUAAAACAUUAAUAUAUUAAUCUAGGGAACCUAUGUAAUUCAGUUCAAGAACAGUAAAUUCUGUUCUGCUAAUUACUUGUUCAGGGAUUCUGUGUUUUUA